CCACCUCUUUUUUUUCCAUGGAAAAAUAGUGCUGAAUUUUACAGGGAACUAAAACGCAUUGAGUUUUCAUAUCCUUCUUUUUAUUUUCACUCUUUUUAUUUUUUUUAUAAAGCACGCGUCGCACAUAUAGACAAAAAUCUGAAACAAGAAGAAAUAACUGUUUUCGCUUUUAAAUGGAAACAACGUUUUUCCAUAAGAGUUAAAUUCGCAAUAGAGAUUUUUAUAGUUUCAUUCAUAUUUCAUGACAAAUAUAGUUUCAUUUAUUAGACCAGCAAACAGUUGCUUCAAUGGAAGUUUUGAGGCAAAUUCUUCUUAAAAUUCAAACAACUCUUAUAAAACGACACAACUACACAUUCAAAAUGGUCAAAUUCGCAAUUUAGCGAGAUAACUUUGAAAGCGUAUAUCUUCUCCUCUAUACUUACACAAUAGUAACUGGGAAAAGAACCCCGCGAAUGGUCUUUCAAAUUUAAUCAUGUGAUCAAAGUCUAAAAGGUCAUUUUGGCUCCAACGGGACAAUACUCAGAAUCAAUUCCGCUUUCAAUUUCGCCGUUUUAAAUAUCAACCGAAGCUUUCAAACUAAAUUUUAUUUCCCAAACUUAAUGUUAAUUUUUCUGAACAUUCGUUUUCUAAUGUUAGACAACAAUCUUCUGCAAGUUCUUUCUGCGCAAUUUAAUGGAAAAGUGUUCGAAAUUCUUUUGCUUUAUUACCAUUCAAAUCCUUACCUUUUGGAACCCUCUGUCAAAAAGAACUUUGCAAUCAAGCGGACAAGCCAAAUUUUACAACUAUAGCUGUAGUAUUAUAACUACCUAUACUCGAAACUUGUUCCAGAAGACCAAAAGCGCUCCUGAAGAAACACUAUCUAUCUACACUAACUAACUUGAAUCUUGGUUUCAGCUCAGUUCAAUUUUAUCUUUUCUUUGUUUUUGCAAUCACUUAAGAUUAGUUUUACCAGAGUUUUCGCUAUCUUCUAGAAUGUUCUCGAAAAUUAAAUUUCCAAUUUAUUCACAAACGCGAAUGGAUGUUCUCUCUAAUAGUUUGGAGGAUGUGUUCUCGCUGUGUGACAAAGACAGUGAUCAGAAGUUGUCCUUUACCGAACUCAUCUCGUUUUGUGACGUCAUUCAAUCGACCGUUCCGCCCGCAAUUCUCGCCAGGAGAUUAGUCGGCUCCGAGUACAACACCAAGCUCUCAUACUAUGAAUUGGUGAACCGAUUAGCACAAAAAUGCGACCUUGAUUUGGACAAACAUUUGCCCCAGAGCCAAGAAUCAGAGACGACAAAUUCAGAAAUAUCACUCUUUGCUGGUCCUCAAGACACGUCUACUCCAAAGAACUCUCCAUCUCUCAGACCUUCACGUGUGCAUCAACAGACAUUGUCCCUUAGAAGACAGACAUUUGCGGCCAAGUACCCCCCAGCUCCCCCCGCUGUCGGAUCCACUUCAUGUCUCUCCAAUCAACAGAGCCCUCGUUUGCUGAGAAUAGGUGGCGAUAAUAGCCUCAAAAAGACAAUCUCAAUGCUCAGUCUACAAUCAAAACGGAGCAAGCACUCCAAACUGGCAGAAAGAGGAACUAGAAGUACAAAAGGAAGCCAAUUUUUAAGCCAGUUGAUGGCUCCAGACAAUCCAGAUGGUGCAUCAGUGUCAUCAACAAGACAAUCACGAGUGUCCGGUCUGGACUCCAUUGGUGCUAAAUUAGACAGGGAUGAAUUCCCGUCCACCGAUCACGUGACCACACCUGCCGGAGAUUCCUUCGUGGAACAACUAGUCCUGGAAGCGUGUCAGUCACAUUUUAACCCACCACUGGACUUCCAAAAGUCAAUUUUGCACUCAGACCAGCAGAUAACAAUCCUUACACACGUCAUUUGUCAGUUGUCAUCUGAUAACACAGUUCACGACCAGUAUGCUAUUCAAGAGGUGGUCAGCCAAGUUCACCAACUAAUCCUCUCCGACACGGCAGAGUCUCGAACCUCCCUUCUCACCCCGGAGAACCUUUCUCGAAGGCUGACCUUCGUAGCCGAAAUGCACCAGAGCGAGAACAACGAGGGGGGCACGAGCCAGAGAGAGUCCCCCUCUUCAUCUGCAGAGAGGGGGGAUAGAGAUAGUACUAGGCGGAAGAGAUUCAGGAGUAAUGGGUCGACUCUUCCGAGGUCUAACAUUUCGUCCACUUAUUCCAGUCGGACGGUGCUGAAUGAUGGAGCACCUUUUAUUCCUAUCAGCAACGAGAUCUCCUACAUGAAUGUGCUGACCAACUCCUCCCUGGAACUGGCUCACGUCGACCCAAAGUACCUCCAGGAGGCCCAAGUUGACAGGGACAGGGAGAGGGUGGAGAAAUGUCUGGCCAGGUGUCUGCAGAGAAUGUCGGACGAGGGCAUUGAAGUUCACCCCUCAGCGGCUGUAGCACUCUACCUGUUCCAGAUCAGUCUGGACUUCUCCAAGGACGAGCUGAGCGACAUGGAGUGCGCGUUGUCCACCCAUCAGCAAGCGAUGAGAGAUUAUGCGGAACAGCAGGAACACAACCAGCUGGAUUUUGAUCUUCAGCUGGAGCGACUGCAUCUGCACCACGAACAACAACUGCAGAGCAUGAGACUUGGCCAUGAGAAGCUGUUGGAUCAGACGCGUGAACAGAGUGAGAGGGAGAAGCUGCAGAUGGCAGGUGAGCACAAACACGAGUUGAUUAAACUCAGAAUUCAGCUGGAGAGACUGGACGCCAAGAACACCUCACUCAAGGACAAAUUGGCCGACUAUCAAAAGGAAAGUAAACAUCACACGCUCACAAUCAACAAACUUGAAAAACAGACCAAAAACUUAAUCUACGAGCGAACAUGUCUCGAGGAGCAGUUCAAAUCUCGGCAGUUCGAUCACGACGAGUCCAAUCGAGCCUCUAAACUACACGACUUAAUACGAAUCGACUCGGGUCACGACAACUCGGGAGUUUUGUUAAGUUCACCCGAGUCGACUUUGAAGUGGGACACGAUAUCCGAGGAGAGUAUGGACGUGUCGUGUCGCAAUUUGACUCGGCUGGACGAAGAAACUGAAUCAGCGAGGAACUGCAAAGGGUUCCACUGUGUAUUUAUACAUGGAAGAAGAACUGAAUAAUUCUGACUACGAGACACAAAAGAAAGUUUCGUCCUAUGAAGUCGACGAGAACUUGGACGAAGAAACUAGGAGCAUUUCUGCAAUUUGUUGCUGCAUCGUGCAAUUAACACGCAGUUUACGCAACACAUCAAAGAAAAAAUCGCACACGUACAAUCAAGACCAGACUAGACAUCAGUCGCAACAACAGCGCAGCUUCUCAUCCGCAAUCGCCAAACACAUUUCACCUCGCAAAAGCAACAACAACAAAAACAAUCAAAAAAUUUAACAAAAACAUUGCUUUUUAAAAUGUUGCUACCCUAAUAAACAUUAUUUUCAGAAUCACUUUUUUUUAC